AUGCCGGUCAUGCUGAAGCGUAGCAGCGGCCUCUUGGGGAUGCCGCUAAGGAGUCCCACCUCCCCCGGUGAGACGUGUCAAUCACUUGCUCCAUGGAGUGCAGGAGCCGAGUCCCGGCCUGUCAUGGCCGGCUGCACAGGGGAACAUUCCCACCGCUCCAGGUCGAGUACAGACUGGGCCUGCUGGCUGGAGCCAGCGGAGGCAGGAAGUGUUGUCGGGACUGACAGGGACAUUGUGCGCCUGAAUGAGCCGGCCCUCGGUGGCAGGGAGCACCGCGGACCCAGACAGAAAGUCUUGACCCUGGCUAGAAAAGGCCGAUUAGGCAUGGUGCUAUGCAGGGAGUGGGGCCCCUUUGAUGGCGCACAAAACAAGAAGGAGAAAGAGAUGCUGGAGACAUUCACGUUGUCUGUCCCGGAGAUGAGUGGAGGCUGCAGGUACGUUCGCACCACAUAUGCGCCCGCCCCGGCCAGCUCGCCGCGGCGUAUUCAGGGCCUGGCUCUGCUCCAGACGGAGGCACGCACCUCGCGUCCCGCACGCCGUGGGGGAACGCUUGGGAAACCGGGGUGUUCGCCAGAGGUCCCGCCACCGGGGAACCGGGCUCGGCCCGCUUACCCGCCCCGCUUAGGGCGAGGCGGCGGCGGCCUGCCGAACCGGCCCGAGCGGCGGGCUGCACCCAAGAUGGCGGCGGAGGUGAGCGGGCUGAGGAGCAGAACUCACUUCGAACCCAGCUGUAAAAGCACACGAAACGAGCAAGAUCCAAGCGGCAUCCAGGAUGUUCCCGUAAUACGACACAGUCACAGGGCUGCUGUUGCCAGACCUGAGGAUCUUGAUGACAACUUACUUUCGGGGAAGAUGGACUCCCACAGGGUCACGGGUGCUGGUUUUACCCCUUCACCUGAUGAGGGCAUUCAGGAAUUACAGGACGAGGAGAAUGAGAAGGCCCGGCCCGUGCAGAUCUUGCUGGCCAAUGAGGACGAGCACAGCUUUGAGCUAGACGCCGCUGCGCUGGAGAGGAUCCUGCUGCAGGAACAUGUACGGGACCUCAAUGUGGUGGUUGUGUCUGUGGCCGGCGCCUUCCGCAAGGGGAAGUCCUUUCUGCUGGACUUUAUGCUGCGCUUCAUGUACAAUCAGCAAAAUAGGCAGUGGAUCGGAGGGGAUGACGAGCCCUUGACUGGCUUUACCUGGAGAGGAGGCUGUGAGAGGGAGACCACAGGGAUUCAAGUUUGGAGCGAAGUUUUUGUGGUGGAUAAACCAGACGGCAGCCAGGUUGCCGUCCUACUCGUGGACACCCAGGGAGCCUUCGAUAGCCAGUCCACCAUCAAGGAUUGUGCUACAGUGUUUGCCCUUAGCACAAUGACCAGUUCUGUGCAGGUGUACAAUCUCUCGCAAAACAUUCAGGAAGAUGAUCUGCAGCAUCUUCAGCUGUUCACAGAGUAUGGACGGCUUGCAAUGGAAGAGAUCUACCUAAAACCUUUCCAGUCCCUCAUGUUCUUGAUUCGGGAUUGGAGUUUCCCUUAUGAGCAUGAAUACGGCCUGGAGGGAGGCAUCGCUUUCUUGGAGAAGCGGCUUCAGGUGAAACAGAACCAGCACGAGGAGCUGCAAAAUGUCCGUAAGCACAUCCACUCGUGCUUUUCCAACAUCGGCUGUUUCCUGCUGCCACACCCAGGCCUCAAGGUGUCCACCAACCCCUACUUUGACGGAAGGCUGAGAGACAUCGAUGGGGAUUUUAAGCGGGAGCUGUCACAGUUGGUGCCUCUGCUCCUGGCCCCCGAGCAACUUGUGGUGAAAGAGAUCGGUGGCAAUAAAGUCACAUGCCGAGAUCUUUUGGAGUACUUCAAGGCGUACAUCAAGAUAUAUCAAGGUGAAGAGCUGCCUCAUCCAAAGUCCAUGCUGCAGGCGACAGCUGAAGCCAACAAUCUGACUGCUGUAGCAGGAGCCAAAGACAUGUACAGCAAAAACAUGGAGCAGGUAUGCGGCGGCGACAAGCCAUACAUCGCCCCUGCCGACCUCGAACGCUGCCACGACGAGUUCCGCGAAACCUCCGUGCGCUACUUUCGCUCGGUGAAAAAAAUGGGCGGUGACGAGUUCUGCCAGCGGUACCAGAGCCAGCUCGAGGCCGAGCUGGACGAGACCUUCGGUAACUUCUGCAAACACAAUGACGGCAAGAACAUCUUCUACGCCGCGCGCACGCCCGCCACCCUCUUCGCCGUCAUGUUCGCCGCCUACGUGGUUUCGGGUGUGACCGGCUUCGUGGGCCUGAGCACUCUGGCGGCGCUGGCCAACCUGCUCAUGGGCGUAGCGCUCUUGUCGCUGUGCACCUGGGCGUACGUCAAGUACUCCGGGGAGUUCCGAGAGGUGGGAACCGUGAUAGACCUGGUGGCAGAGACGCUGUGGGAACAGGUUCUCAAGCCGCUCAGUGAACAUUACAUGGAAGACAACGUGCGGCAGACGGUGGUCAACUCUCUCAAAGCCAGCCUGAGCGAACCCGGCGGCAGCGGCGGCUCCGGCUCCUCCACUUCACAGCAGCAGCAAAACGCCAAGUUAAAGACACAAUAA